AUGCUUCCAAGGUCCUCCAGAAACCUGUGUCACAAACGUCUCAUUCGCAGGUCAACCCGUUCUUAUCCCGAUCUGUUGUUACGCAUCUCCGUGACCAGCCCUCAUUCCCUACGGCCCGUACCUUUUCCGAUUCUCUCAUCCGUACAUUCGAUCCGCCGCUCAUUCUCUCAUUCCACCAUUAAUCUCACCGCCACACCCCGAAUCAUGGCCCAGAUCGAGCGUAUCACAGAGAACUUGGAGAAACCGGAGCUUGAUGAUCGUUCGUAUCGGGUUAUUCGUUUGCCAAACAAGCUCGAGGCCUUACUCGUCCAUGAUCCGGACACCGAUAAGGCCAGCGCGGCGGUGAACGUCAAUGUUGGCAACUUCUCCGAUGAAGAUGAUAUGCCAGGGAUGGCUCAUGCGGUAGAGCAUUUGCUAUUCAUGGGCACCAAAAAGUAUCCCAAAGAAAAUGCAUACAACCAGUACCUAGCGUCCCAUUCGGGCUCAUCAAACGCCUAUACAGCUGCCACCGAAACAAACUACUUCUUCGAGGUCUCCGCCACCGGUGACUCUAGUGCCCCGAAAUCCAGCGGAGACAGCACCCCCGCCGAGACAACAAAUGGAAACAAUGGCGUUCUGUCAGAUGGGAAAGGUUCGGAUGGAAAAUCACCCCUUUAUGGUGCAUUGGAUCGGUUUGCCCAGUUCUUUGUCGCUCCUCUUUUCCUAGAGUCGACCUUAGAUCGCGAGCUGCAAGCAGUGGAUUCGGAAAAUAAAAAGAACCUUCAGAGUGACCUGUGGCGGUUGAUGCAACUGAACAAGUCUCUCUCAAACCCUAAGCAUCCCUACAGCCACUUCUCGACGGGUAACUUGCAGACCUUGAAAGAGGAUCCACAAAAACGUGGCCUGGAAGUGCGCAGUGAGUUCAUCCGCUUUUACGAGAAGCACUACUCCGCCAACCGGGCGAAGCUAGUUGUCUUGGGCCGGGAGUCUCUGGACACAUUAGAGCAGUGGGUUUCCGAGCUAUUCUCUGAUGUUGAGAACAAGAACCUUGCCCAGAACCGCUGGGACGAUGUUCAGCCUUUCACGGAGAAUGACAUGUGCACCCAAGUGUUCGUGAAACCGGUUAUGGAUACUCGCUCCAUGGACAUGUACUUCCCAUUCCUUGAUGAAGAGAACCUGCAUGACACCCAACCUAGUCGGUACAUCAGCCAUCUAAUUGGUCACGAGGGCCCGGGAAGUGUUCUCUCCUACCUCAAGGCCAAGGGAUGGGCCAAUGGUCUGUCUGCAGGUGCCAUGCCUAUCUGUGCAGGAUCGGCAUUUUUCACCAUCUCAGUGCGCCUAACUCCUGAGGGUCUGAAGCAGUAUCAGGAAGUCGCGAAGGUGGUAUUCGAGUAUAUUGCCAUGAUCCAGCAACGCGAGCCCGAGCAAUGGAUCUUCGAUGAGAUGAAGAAUCUUGCCGAAGUCGAUUUCCGGUUCAAGCAGAAGACCCCCGCCAGCCGGUUUACCAGCCGAUUGAGCAGUGUCAUGCAAAAGUCAUUGCCCAGUGAAUGGUUGUUGAGCGGGUCUUUGCUGCGACGAUUUGACUCUGAACUGAUCAAGAAGGCGUUGAGCUAUCUUCGGGCCGACAACUUCCGCCUGGUUAUUGUGUCCCAGGAGUUCCCCGGUACAUGGGAUAAGAAGGAGAAGUGGUAUGGCACCGAAUAUAAGGUCGAGAAGAUCCCGCAAGAAUUCUUGAGCGGUCUUCAGAAGGCCCAAGAGUCGACCGAAGUUGAUCGUACUUCCAACGUGCAUAUGCCUCACAAGAACGAGUUCGUGCCGACUCGACUCUCAGUGGAAAAGAAGGAAGUUGCCGAGCCAGCCAACACUCCUAAACUGAUCCGCCACGAUGAACGUGUGCGUUUGUGGUUCAAGAAGGACGAUCGUUUCUGGGUGCCCAAGGCCACCAUUGAGGUAACCCUCCGUAACCCUCUAGUGUGGGCCACGCCCGCCAAUCUUAUCAAAACAAAGCUGUAUAGCGAGUUGGUCAGAGAUUCCUUAGAUGAAUACUCAUACGACGCCGAGCUUGCCGGCCUGGAUUACCAUCUCUCGGCAAACAUCCUUGGCUUGGAUAUCUCUGUAAGCGGAUACAACGACAAGAUGUCUGCUCUGUUGGACAAAGUUCUCAAUACCAUGCAUGGACUGGUUGUUAAUCAGGAUCGCUUCAACAUCAUCAAGGAGCGCUUGACGCGGGCAUUCCGCAACGCCGAGUACCAGCAACCCUACUACCAAGUUGGUGAUUACACCCGGUAUCUCCUUGCAGAGCGUAGCUGGGUCAAUGAGCAGUAUCUCGAAGAGCUGGAGCAUGUUGAAUGUGAUGACGUCGUCAAGUUCUUCCCUCAGCUGCUUGCACAGACUCAUAUUGAGGUCCUAGCCCACGGAAACUUAUACAAGGAGGAUGCUCUGCGCAUGACCGACUCCAUCGAGAAGGUCUUGGGAGGUCGCCCUCUCCCUCCAUCACAGUGGUACUUGCGCCGUAACAUAACCUUGCCCCCCGGUUCCAAUUACGUCUAUCCCCGAUCGCUCAAGGACCCAGCCAACGUCAACCACUGCAUUGAGUACUAUCUGUAUAUUGGAUUGUUCUCCGAUGAGACUCUGCGUUCGAAGCUCCAGCUGUUUGCACAGAUGACCGAUGAACCUGCAUUCGACCAGCUGCGCAGCAAAGAGCAGCUUGGAUAUGUGGUGUGGAGUGGCGCACGCUACAGCGCCACCACCCUCGGAUACCGGGUCAUUAUUCAAAGUGAGCGUACAGCUGAGUACCUCGAGUCACGCAUUGAGACCUUCCUCCGCCAGUUUGGCUCCAUCCUUGAGAAGAUGCCCGAGGAAGAAUUUGAGGGUCACAAGCGCAGCGUCGUGAACAAGCGUCUGGAGAAACUCAAGAACCUGAGCUCUGAGACUGGCCGGUACUGGUCGCACGUCGGAUCUGAGUACUUUGAUUUCUUGCAGCACGAAACUGAUGCAGCCAACGUGCGCACUCUGACCAAGGCAGAUCUCGUUGCAUUCUACCAGCAAUACAUUGAUCCUUCUUCGGCGACACGUGCCAAGCUCGCUAUCUACCUCAAUGCCCAAUCAGCUACAAAGGCCGAGGAGAUUAAGCCAGCCGAACAGCGCAGCCGCCUUGUGCAGGCGCUUAGCAAGCAGCUUGAGGCUGCCGGCCUGACCGUCGAUGCUGCCCGUUUCACAACCGCAUUCGAUGAGGUUGAGACUAAAGUGGUGGACAAGUCACAGAUUGCCUUUGUCGUGAAGAAUUUCCUUGCCGCUGAGAUGAGUCUGACACAGCAGCAGAUUGAGCCCGUUCUUCAGAAGCUGGAGAAGAACCUCGGUUCCCAGCUGAAGGAGCUGGGACUCGGUUCUAGUGAUGAGCAAGGCGCAGCCAAUGGUGCCGGUGAGGCUUCGAAGGCUAUUGUUAUUACUGACAUCUCCAACUUCAAGGCACGUCUUCCUGUCAGCACUGGACCUGCUCCAGUAACAGACCUGAGUGUGUAUGAGGAUUUUGAUGCGAAGCUGUGA